CAACCGGACUUUCCGACUCUUAGCUCGAGAGACGAAGCUAGCGAAGGCAAGAAGGAGAAGUGAAGAAAGGGAACACCAAGUUGGUCCCGGAUUUGAAGGAUUUGAAGGAUAAAUUGAAGUUGAGAUGGCGGCAAAUCAACCUCAAGUUGCCAAUCCGGCCUCGAAUGCAAAUGUGGAAGCGGGAGCCGAGGAAGAGCCAAGGACUAUGGGCUAUUACAUGGCUCCACGGGCGGUGGAUAUCCAAUCUCCCAUCUUAUAUCCACUCGUGGCCGCCAACAACUUUGAAAUCAAGCCCGCUCUCGUGACGAUGAUUCAGAAAAAUGCCUUAUACCACGGGCUUGCACAUGAAUCACCACGAGAGCAUGUCCAAAGGCCUCUUGAGCUAGCGAGAAGUUUGAAGAUAAAUGGUGUUUCUGCGGAGGCAUUACAAUUGAGGUUAUUCCUCUACUCUCUUGUGGGGAAAGCGCUCUGAUGGCUCAACAACCGACCGGCUCUAUCCAUUACCUCUUGGGACGAUUUACUCAACAAAUUCAUGAUCCGAUAUUGUCCUCCUUCCAAGAUGGCUGAGUGGAGGAAGAAGAUCACUCACUUCAAGCAAGAGGAGGAUGAGACGUUGAGGGAUGCAUGGGAAAGGCUCUCGGAAUACUUCCUCCAAUGCCCCCACCAUGGGUUCGAAGAGCAAUUCUUGAUAGAAACCUUCUAUGACAAGAUCCUUAUCUACUCUUUUUUUCAAGGGAGGUUGAUGAACAUGACCCCUCCUCAAGUCACCGAAUUGCUUGAAGAUAUGGCUCUUAAAAGAUAUGAUUGGGGCUUGACGAGGAGUGUUAAGAGCACCACCGAAAGAGGAGUAAGAAGUGUGGGAGUAAGUGCUCCACUUGAAGCGAAGCUUGACAAGUUGAUCGAGUUAAUCCUUGAGGACAAGAAGCAAGGGAAGAGAGCAGUGAUGUCUUGUGAUUGGUGUUCGAGCACCAAUCACGAAAUUGCGGAUUGACAAGCCAUGAAGGAGACAAGUACCCCCAAGGAGCAAGUGAGCUUCAUUGCCAAUGCUAGAAGGAACAAACCAUAUAGCAACAUAUACAACCCCCGGAUGGCGCAAUCAUCCAUACUUCGCUUGGUCUUCCCCGACCAAUCCAAGACCUCCCGGUUUACAAGGUUUGAUGGGAAACUACCAACCUCGGCCAACAUUCAUCCAACAAAGGCCUCAAUUCUAG